AUGGCGGUGACGGUGACGGUGGGCGGGGCCUUCCUGGCCGCCACGCUGCUCGCCUACGCGCUGCUGCCGGCCGACGCGCGGUCGGGCGCCUUCCGCCUGCAGGCGGCGCAGGCGGCGGCGCUGCUCGCGGGCCACGUGGUGCUGGCCGCGUCGCUGCUCGCCGCCGAGGACGUCUCCUGGCCGGUCUGCUACGCGCAGGGGUCACGUGAACUUUCCGACAUACAUAUUUCAAACAAUUGUGGUCGAAUAAAAUUUCAAUUAAAACUUGGUGCAGCUUUGAUAACAACUGAUAUAUUGAAUGGCUUCCGCGAGUACACAACAUUUGAAAAUAGUUGUACUUUUGAAUAUGAGUCAUUGGCGUCUGAAAUGGAAAAAGAAUUGGAUGAUAAGAUUUUCUCAGCAUCUACUACCUGA